UUUAAUGAAACAACAACUGAUAAUAUUUAAUAGAUUAUCAACGUAAAUGUUUAGUGCGAAUUUCAAGUUUUAUCGCGUAGUUCCUGUGUGCCACAAGGAGGAAACACAAGACUAAACGUUAUUUUUUACAAAUGAUACAGAUAAGCAAAUUUCCGUUGGAGAAUCACCUUCUUAUUACUUAGUAUGCUUUUAUUGCUGCAGAAAUCGAACGUCCAUUCGCUGUGAUAACCAGACAACACUACUAAACGACUAUUAGAACAUUUAUGUAGAACAGAAAUUGGGAGAAAAUGGCAGAAUUCACAGGUGAAUCGAGGAUGUACCAUGGAGUAGCUCAAGGUACCCAAGCACAAUUUGUGGAAAGUCAAGACCAAAGAAACGUUGCAACGCGAAGGCAUCCUCUUUGUUGUUCCAAACGAUUGUUGAUAUUGAUCCUAAUGUUUUUGCGGUGCUUUCUCAGUGUAUUAGUGACAUGCAGCAUACACAUCGCUUUUAUCGAACUUAGUAACCUUAGUUUUAAAGUUGGUGUCACUGAACUUCAAAUCCCAAGUUACGAGAUAAUUACAUUCACCUACCAUUUUGGUUUCCUGUUCAGUCCGAUUGGUGGAUACUUAGCGACGAAAUUUGGCGGCUCUGUUACCUACGGAUUCACGUCAAUGCUCGCGUCCAUGCUAACGGCUCUGAAUCCUGCCACCUUGCAAUGGAAUGUUUACAUAUUCUCGGCAUGUAGGAUUGCUGCAGGUUUAUUUGACGGUUUCGCUUAUGCCAGCAUUGCAGAAAUAUUCACACGUUGGGUGCCAGCCAAAGAGAGAUCUACGUCUUUGGCGAUCGUUCUUACAGGAUUUUACAUUGGAAACACAUUUUUCUACAUAAUACCUGCCUAUAUAGCGAGUUCUUGGGGAUGGCAAACGGCUUUUUACGCGACCGGAGCGAUAACUUUUGUUUGGUCUGUUGUUUGGCUGAUCAUUGCGAGGAAUGAACCAUCCGAGGAUAAAACCAUCUCUCAGAGGGAACUUCAGUACAUCCAAAGUCAGACUGACGCAACUCCCAGACAUCAGGUUGUUCAUCCAAUCCUAAAAAUUUUAACAUCACUACCCGUGUGGGCAAUGUGUAUAGGAGAGUUCGCUUCUAGCUGGGGAUAUGAUCUCAUCGCAAGUAGUUUGCCUAUAUACUUCAGAGACGCGACUGGACGCAGUAUGACACAAAUAUCAACUAUUUCCGUCAUGCCUAUCUUAGUAUCUAUUUGCAUUACACCUAUACUGGGCGUUAUCAUGGACCUUAUGCCAAAUUACAUCAAGCUGGAAGUGUCUCAAAUUCAUAAAAUCGCGAUAACCUUUGGUUUUUCAACUUCUUGCAUUCUGUUCGCUAUAGCUUUUUUCAGCAAUAAUAUCAUGUUAUCGAUUACAUGCCUCUUAGUUAUCAAACUAUUGCUAUCAUUUAAUCUCUUCGUGUUGCAGGUGGUCUGCCUUUAUUUGGCACCUAAGCACUCGAGUAUUUUGUUGGGUUUCUCAGCUAUCUGGCCCAUUGGCAGUAAAUUCGUCGUGCCUUUUUUUCUACAAUUUAUCGUCAAACAGUUUAUUCUGCAAGAAUGGCAGUUAUGUUUCCUGCUGUCAUCGGGUGCCCUGCUAUUUGGAACAUUCGUGUAUUGGAAAUUUGGUUCCAGUCAACUCCAGCCUUGGGCUACAUCACACCCUCAUCGCACCUACGAACGCGAACUGCAGUGAAAAUAAUCUCACGUGAAUAAGCCUGUAUUGAUUUACGAGGUUUAGAUACAUAUGUACAAUCAGAAUAAAAUUAUUCAAUUUCAUAAUAA